CGCGCGACGGGCGUGGUCGAGAGCGAGUGGGGUGGCCGCAGUUGCUGUCGUGUCGGCGAGGACUCCAUUUGAGCGUCACCGUGUCCGUGUCGUGCGCUGCCGUCGGUCUACGCCGCUGGCCGUCUCGCGUCGCUGUGCUGAGCCGGUUGCGUGCUGUUCGGAGCUCCGACAGCAUGCCGCCACUUUUCAUUUGGCUGCUCCUGUGCGGGGCGCUGCGCCCGGCGGUCGCUGGAGAUCUCCUCGACGUUCGCAGCAUUGGGAACAAUGGAAUCUGGCUCAAUGUCAGUAUCAACGACAACAUCACAUUGGGAGAGGUCAUAAAGGAGAAAACUAAUGCCCGCAACAUGUGUGUGUUUGCGAUGAGGCUCAACUACACAAAGGAAACGCAGGCGAUCAAGGUCAAGUUCACAGGCAACAAUGGCAAGCCGUCUCCUUCCACUGAGGCGCCUCUGGUGAUCAGCGUGAGGAACUGGGCUGGUGGUCACACUUUCACCGUGCCUUACAACGUGUUUGGUAAGGACGGACGCGUGAUGGCAACCGAAGUACAGGCCACCCGUUUUCUUUGCCCGGGCGACAUCGGCAGCGAGGACCACGUCGUCACCAGCGUGGGCACCAACUACCUGGACCCAUCCAAACCCGCGGAAGGCUACAUGUUCAACGUGGAGUUUAAGCAGGUGGGCCACUGGACGCUGGACUUGGCGGCUCCAGAACAGCUGGAGGCGGACCCGACCGAGCCGGCCGUCUUCUCGUUCCGCUGGCCGCCCGGCGCCGGUCUGGAGAGCGUGUUGAUCAGUGUGCGCAGCGUCAACGCAGCAUCGCUGUGUGUGACGGUGGCGGUGCAGCCGCGUGCCUGCCCGCUCGCGCUCACGCCUUCCGAGUUGACCGUCGACGCCCUCUACUUCACGGCCACGGCGUCCGGCGCGUUGGUGGUGCACCGUGACCAGUUCCCCGCCGGCUUCUACGUCAUUGUCCUGCCACGUGAGAAUGACCGGCUGUGCGAUCCGGCCGCCACGCCCGCUGCGACCAAGACCAGCCGCAAGAAGACGGUAAUGGUCACGGUGACGGCACAGCACGAGACGCCAGCCUCCUACGCCGCGCCGGCCGCGCUCGCGCUGCUGCUGCUGCUGGCCGGCGCGGUCGGCACGCGCCUACUGCGCUUCGACUUGUACGCGCCGCGACUCGAUAUCGAGCGGCAGCCCAGCCCGGAGCACCGCCCGGAGCGACGUGACUCGCUGACUGCCUCGGAGGACCUGCUCCUGAACGAGGCCGAAGAGGAGCCGCAGCCAUGGGCAGCGGCUGCGGCUGCGGCCGGCCUCAGCGCGCCCAGUCUGCUGGUCGGAGCCGCGCUGCUGCUGCUGGCACUGGGCGGCGCCGCCGUGUUAACGGCGCUUCGGAGCGAGCGUGACACCGGAGACCUGGACCUCUGCUACCGCAAUGACCUAUGCCACCAGCCGGCCGGCGGCGUGCCAGGCAUGAACCACUUGGUCGCCCGGUUGCCGUACGUCGGCGCCGGGCUCGGCCUGCUGGUGGCCGUGGCCGCGCAGAAGCGGGUCUACCGCCGCGUGACGGCCGACGGCACCGUGCGCGUGGGCGUGGAGCACGAUCUCGGCCUGCUGGACAGCGUCGGGCUGGCGCUGGUGCUGCAGGGGGCGUUGAGCGCGCUGCACACCACCUGUCCCAGCGGGCCCGCCGGCCACCUGGACGUGGUGUUCAUCUACUUCGCCCUGGUUGCGAUGGCCUCCAAGCUGUUCCAGACGCGUCGCGGGCGCAGCGCCACUGGUCACUACGCGCCGCUGAUGCUGACCGCGGCGCUCGUGGCCGCAGGGCUCGCCAAGAGGCUGGCUGGCAACGCUUGGUACGUCUGGCUGGUGGUGGCCGUGGUGCACGUGGCAGUGGUCGCCGUCAUCGCCACACAUCUGUACGUGCUAGGUGACGCCUCGGUGCGAUUCGGCUCGCUGAAGCGACUCGGGGAGCAGUCCUACCUGCUCGCGGAGUCGCCCCACUUCCGCAUGAACCGCGCCACCUUCGCCACAGCGCUCAUCUUGAACGUGGCUCUGGCGGUCGCAGGUGCGACUGCACGCAUUGACAAUUUCACCCACUACGUCAUGCUAUUCUUCGCGCUGCACACGGGCCUGUAUUUGGCCUACUACCUGCUGCUGAAGCUCGUGCGUGCCAAGGAGCAGGGGAGCCGGGCGGCACUGGGCUUGCUCGCGCUCGGCACCCUCCUCCUGCUCGCCGCCGUCAUCGUCCUCUGCGGCUUCAGCACCUUCAACACAGAACUACCGCCGGCAGGAUCGCGGCUUCUCAACCGCGCCUGCCUCGGUGACAGCGUGUUCGACGUCCACGACGUUUGGCACAUGCUGGCGGCGGCCGCGCUCUUCUGUCUGGCCCUGGGUCAGCUUGUGCUCGACGACGACCUCCUGCUGGUCCCCACCAUGGCGAUCGAGCGCUUCUAGCUGGGGUCCGCCGGUUGGAUGUUCGGAAAAUUGGAGCGAACGCUUCACAUCACGCGACGAGCUGGUGAAUGAGUGCUUUUUACUUUGCCUUCGGCUGAGUGCUGUGAGCAGCAGUGGAUGUAACCGUGCUAUCGAAACGUCUUUCGCGCGGCGUUGGCGCUAAAUGCAUUUAUCAGGCGUUAGUGAUAUUGCUUUUGUGUGUUGCAAAUGUUGUAGACAGCUUCAUAUUUGUAUGUAUAAUAUCAUACUUGUACGUAAGUUAGUUUCUAGCCCAGACAUCACCUAACUUACGGUCAGUUCCAGUUAGCUGGCAUAUUGCGACUUGGAGAAAUGAAGUGAUAUGCCCUCAGUUAAUAUAAUCAUGAGCGAAGUAAGAUUUUACAAACAGAAGAGAAAUCGGGCAUUUGUAGGAACGAUAUAUCGAAGACGGUUGUAGCAAGGAAAUUGACGAAUGCCUAUAAGAUUUAGUAUAUAUUAGGGCUGAAAGGUGCAUGCAGACCAACACUCUUGUUUCUAUGAGAACGGGACCACUUGGGUCCAUGGACUUGACUAUGACUCAAGUUCAUGAUUUUUAACUCAUCGUCGUUGUCAUCGUCAUCCCGGAGGUACUAAGCAUGAUAGAAGGUUGCAGAAAUCUCGUCAGACUUCAGCGCGCCGGGCGAGCGCGCAGUCAGUUGGCCUUAAACAGCCCGCUUUUGCCGCAGUUUCUUACAGCCGGAAAGGUUUCACUUGUCAAAAUGCAUGCCAAGUCGAAACCCAUAGAACAGUGAUGAUUCCAUCGGUUUUAGCUCAGUUCGUCGCUGGCGGAAGCACGCUGCCGAAUCCAACGAUGGCCGUUGUCAUGCCUCGCUGCGGGAUGUCCAGCAGAGCGCCGGGCCUCACACGGCAACUUCCGAGAAGCCUCGCAGACGCGCCGGCGGUUUCAUCGGAGAGAGCCGGCGGGCACCAGGCCCCGCGUGACUGUGCUC